UUUGCAUUGCAAUGCAGCUGUAUUCCUUAUUAACUUACUAUCUAUCAUCUCAUCAAUAUGUGUCGGCUGCUCUCUCUUUCUUUCUUUUUAACUAAUACCUAUAACUGUACUGAAACCAAAGUCUAGUGAAUAUAAAACCACUUGUUUCUUCUUUUUCUUUCUUUCUUUCUUUCAAACUCAACUCUUCCUUUUCAAGUUUCUUAAUGCACUAAACUUCUACUACCUUUUUCUUAUUCAGAUUCUCUCUUUCUCAAUCUCAGGUUGUUUUUUGUUUUAUGUAUGCAGAGGGAGAGAGUAAUAAUUAAGAGAAAGAGAUGGUGAAAGCAAUAAGGUUAUUAGGCUUAGUGGUACUCAUAUUAAUAUCAUCAAUAUUCAAACCAACAACAACAGAUGCCUUUCCAGUAGAAAUUACUCUGGUACAGAGUGCAGUAGCCAAAGGAGCUGUUUGCUUGGAUGGAAGCCCCCCAGCUUAUCACCAUGCUCCAGGAUUUGGUGCUGGCAUCAACAACUGGUAUAUCACAAUGGAGGGAGGAGGUUGGUGUAACAAUGUAACUACUUGUCUUGACCGUAAGAACACUCGUUUGGGCUCAUCUAAGCAGAUGGUCAAGACGCUUUCAUUCUCUGGAAUUCUCAGCAACAAACAGAAAUUUAAUCCAGAUUUCUACAAUUGGAAUAAGAUCAAGGUGAGGUACUGUGAUGGGUCAUCAUUUACUGGCGAUGUUGAAGCAGUUAAUCCAGCUACUAAUCUUCACUUUAGAGGUCAAAGGGUGUGGCUUGCCAUCAUGGAGGAUCUAUUAGCCAAAGGAAUGAAAAAUGCUCAAAAUGCAAUCCUGUCAGGUUGCUCUGCUGGUGGAUUGAGCUCUAUUCUUCACUGUGAUAAGUUCAGAGCUCUCCUCCCUCCCACCACCAAAGUCAAAUGUCUUUCCGAUGCUGGUUAUUUCAUCAAUGCCAAGGAUUUGGCUGGAACACAACACAUUGAAACCUUCUAUAGUCAAGUGGUUGCAACACAUCAAUCUGCCAAGAAUUUGCCCCAAUCAUGCACUUCAAGGCUGAACCCAGGCCUGUGCUUCUUCCCACAAAAUGUGGUAGCACAAAUCCAAACACCCAUAUUUUUUGUAAAUGCAGCCUAUGAUUCAUGGCAGAUAAAGAACAUUUUGGCACCUGGUGUUGCUGAUCCUCAUGGAACAUGGCACGACUGUAAACUCGAUAUAAAAAAGUGUUCAUCACUUCAACUCAAAACCAUGCAAGAUUUUAGAGUACAGUUCUUAAGUGCAAUCAAUGGUCGUGUGGACUCUGUUUCGAAAGGAAUGUUCAUAGAUUCAUGCUAUGCUCAUUGCCAAACCGAAAUGCAAGAAACAUGGAUGAGAGCAGACUCUCCUCUUCUUGAAAAGACUACAAUAGCCAAGGCAGUUGGAGACUGGUAUUUUGAUCGAAGUCCAUUCAAGAAGAUUGAUUGUCCUUACCCUUGCAAUCCCACUUGUCACAACCGCAUUUUCGAAUCUGGUUAUGGUAGAGAAGAGAUAUCGGAACAAGGAAAGGAAAGGGAAGGAAUGGAUUGGGGUUUCGUUGGUAAAGCUUGGGAAAAGUGGGCUUCCUUCAAUGUUGCAUCUUCCUCUUCUUCUUCAGGUGAGGCAGCAUUGAAAGGUGCUAUUUUGAUUAACUAUGAUCCAACAGGGCCAUCUCGCUUGUUGUCCAUCAUUGCAGAACAAGAAGGUAUUAAAGCAAACCCCAUUCAGAUGAACCACUUGUUGGAUUUCAUCAAACGUGACAAACUCACCACCCAAACCUUCACUAUUGCCCAUAAUCAAUAUGUUGUUACAUCAAUCCAUGAGAGGUGGUUCUGUGGAAGGUGCCUCAACACAUCAAAGCCUGCUGGUGAAGGUGCCAUUGUUAUGCAAACAGCAGCCUUUAUCUUGGUUGGCCUGUAUGAUGGUUCUAUGGCAUCCGCAUCUCGUGCUAUGGUAGCUGUUGAUCAAUUUGUGGCACAAUUAACUCGAAGAAAUCUUUAAUUAGGUACCCUACACACUCCCACAUCACAUCUAAUUGCCUUGUCUAUGCACUCAUUUUCUGGAUUUUAAUUUGAUUGAUAGUGUAAAACAAAACAGUAGUGUGGUGUUUAGUAUUUCCAAAUCAAAACUCAAAAACCACAUUACAUUGUACGUGAAUGAAUGAAUUCAAUGUGAAAGUGAAACAUCACUCUCUCAACUUUUUCCAAA